UCACUUUGUCCUAGGCCAAUAUAAAAAUAUAUCGACCGGAUCAAACUUAUAAUACACUUCAUGUACCUUUGAACACAACAACGUUGGAAAUCUUUAAAAAGUUGGCAAACAAAUUCUUCAUGCCCGACAUGACCAAGUACAAUCUGGUGAUGAAGCGUUAUAACAAUGAACGCGUAUUGGGUCUAAAUGAAAGACCUGUGCAGAUUCAAAAGAUGCUACAGGAACAAAUGGGCUAUACUGAUGACGAUAAAAUUGAUGAUAUAAGCUAUCUCAUUCGAUUUCAACUCAUGCCAAAUGUAUCACAACCCAUUCCACCAGAUGAUAAAGACUUUGGACAACAUGUCGACCUUCAAUCACGCUCGCUAGCAACUAUACCAAUUUACUUGUAUAAGCAUGCUUCAUCAAUUGUAUCACUGGACAUUUCUAAAAAUUUACAUAUUGAAGUUCCCAUAGAUUUUAUUCAGAUGUGCACCAGAUUAAAACAACUAUGGCUUGCCAAUAACGAAUAUUCUAUGCUACCGCCUUCGACUCAACACAUAUCCUCCUUGGAGCAUUUAAAUAUAUCCGGUAACAGACUACGAGACUUGGAUCAUGCCAAACUAGACAGGUUAUCCGAAUUACGUACCUUACGAGCUAUUAACAACCGACUUGAAUUCUUACCCGAAUCCUUUGCAACCUCAUUUGAGCACUUGACAUCUCUGUUUAUAUCCAACAAUUCAUUUACCAAAUUCCCCCUUGUGAUUUGUGAAAUCAGAUCAUUAGCGUAUCUCGAUAUCAGUUUCAACAAGAUCCAAAUGUUUCCUGACGAAAUUGGUCAGCUUACUAAUCUCAUCGGACUCUUUGCUAUUGCCAACAGAAUCACAGGAGGCCUACCACCAAGCUUUCUGAAUUUGACAAAACUUCAGGAGCUCGAUAUUCGUCAAAACUGUAUUACUGAUUUGGAUGUCGUAUCUCAUUUACCCAGAUUGGAAAUUCUUUUAGUGGAUUAUAACUCGACAAGUAUCAUUAAUUUCGAAAUCAAGAACGUAAAGCAACUCAAGAUGUACAAGAAUCAUCUUACACAGUUCAACCUGACGAGUGCCACAGGAGGACACUGCUUGACCGAGCUGAAUCUUUCCAACUGUAAAUUAUCAAGUUUACCUGAAGAAUUAUUCAACAAUGCAUUGGGACUCGAGCGUCUUGUGUUAGAUAGCAAUACGCUAAGUACACUUCCUUCAAGUAUUGGUUCACUUCAAAAACUCGUCAAACUCUCUAUUCAAAACAAUUAUUUGGACUCUUUACCCAGCGAGAUUGGAAAGCUAUCAGAAUUAAGAGCACUGGAUGCACAAAAGAAUAAUCUAAAGGGAUUGCCCAGAGAGAUCUGGUUAUGUUGCUCUCUUCAGACCUUGAACUGUUCAUCUAACCUACUUGAUUCCUUCCCCGAGCCAUUCUCAACCACGACACCACCCAACUCUAGUACAGCUAUGCACUCUAGUAGCCCACGCAAGGAUAACGAUACCGAUGCUGUACUAAGCAUGUUACCUAGCCAACUCAAUGCAGGUCAAGGCACCAUUGCCCGAAUAGAUUCGAUCCAAAAGCCAGGAAUAAUGGCAACUAGCAAUAUACCUCAGACACCACUCGAGACAUCUCAACCACCCAACUUUAACCCUCCUAGCUUCUUUGCCAGUCCUCGUAAUCAUCCUCCGCCGCUUUCACUCUCUUUGCGUUAUCUGUAUCUUGGUGACAAUCGACUUACCGAUGACAUUUGGUCACCUCUUUCCCUAUUCCUCGAACUGAGAACGCUCAACUUAUCAUUCAAUGAUCUUUAUGAGAUACCGCCUGAGGGGUUAUGCCAUCAACAUCUUUAUGAACUUUAUCUUUCUGGUAACCAGCUAACGUCCUUGCCUGCAGAUGAUAUUGAAAAACUCCAGUACUUGCGUAUCUUGGCUGUCAAUGGCAAUAAGUUGCAGACACUGCCUGCUGAAAUCGGAAAGCUGCGAAAACUGCUCGUUUUGGAUGUUGGAAAUAACGUCCUCAAGUACAACAUUGCCAACUGGCCGUAUGAUUGGAAUUGGAACUGGAACUUGGGAUUAAAGUAUCUGAAUCUUUCGGGCAACAAGCGAUUAGAAAUUCAAAAGACUCAUCCUGACCCAAUCAACCCCAAAGAAAAGGACCUUUCAGACUUCAGUGCUCUCACAAGGCUUCGUAUGCUUGGUCUCAUGGAUAUUACCAUUCUAGGUGUCUCUAUUCCUGAAGAAUUCCAUGACCGUCGUGUACGUACAUCGCCUUCUGAAGUCAACGGCAUGUCUUAUGGUGUUGCUGACUGGCUUGGUCCUUCUGACCAUCUCUCUACUUGGGAUCUCGUCAUGCCUCGUUUCAGAUCAAAGGAAGACGAAUGUAUCUUUGCCUUGUUUGACGGAUCUAAGCAUCCCAAAUCAGGAUGUCGUCUCACGAAACAGCUGAACGAUAUGUUGACCUCUCACCUCGCAAAGGAAUUGGCUUGUAUCAAGAGUGAAGAUACCAUUGUCUCUGCCGUACGCCGAGCAUUCCUAAGUCUCGAACAAAGUCUAGGCACUUCUCCUCAUAUCGAUAAGGACUCUGGUGCAUCCGCUGCUGUGUGCUAUAUCGCUGGCAACAAGCUUUAUGUGGCUAACGCUGGUGAUGCACUAGCGGUUAUCUCCCGAAACAACGGACAGGCAUUUGAAAUCACACAGAAACAUAUCCCAUUGAACCCAAGUGAAGUCUCACGUAUCCGUGCGGCUGGAGGAUACGUGUCUAAUUCGGGCUUAUUGAACAACGAGUUGAAUGUGUCCAGAAGCUUUGGUCACUUCCAUCUUGUCCCUGUUGUCAAUUGUAAUCCAUACGUGUCUACUAUCGAUUUGUCUGAAAAUGACGAAUUUGUCAUUAUGGCCUCCAGAGGACUUUGGGAUAAGAUGUCUUAUCAAACUGCAGUUGAUAUUGCUAGAACAGAAAAGGACGACUUGAUGGCAGCUGCUCAAAAGCUUCGCGAUUUUGCUAUUACGUAUGGUGCCAAUGAUAACUUGAUGGUCAUGGUGAUUGGUGUUGGUGAUCUCUUUGACAAGCGUAGAAAGUUGCCACGAAAGAACAACAUUGGUGCUGGUAGAGGUGGUGCUGAUGGAGUUGUUGAAGAAGGAAUACUAGUAAAGAGUAAGCGAAGAGGAAAAGAAGAAAUUCCUGGUGAUUCGACGCUUGCCCGAUUAGAGAGAGAAGUAGCUCCACCAGUAAGUCAAUUGGCUCUGGUCUUUACGGAUAUCAAGAGCUCUACUCAAUUCUGGGAAACACAGCCUGAAAAUAUGCGUGCUGCUAUCAAGAUUCAUGAUGCCAUCAUGCGUCGUACAUUGCGUAGUGUUGGUGGUUAUGAAGUAAAGACAGAAGGAGAUGCGUUCAUGGUAUGUUUCAAAAACAUCACUGCUGCUCUGCUCUGGUGCUUCACGGUUCAACUACAACUGUUGGAAGCAGACUGGCCAGCAGGCAUUCUAGAUACUGAAGAAGGAAGAGAAAUCGAAAAAGACGGCGUUGUCAUCUACAAGGGUCUAUCAGUGCGUAUGGGCAUUCAUUGGGGCACACCUGUGUCUGAGCGAAACCCGAUCACACAGCGUAUGGAUUACUUUGGACCUGUAGUCAAUAAGGCCAGUCGUAUCUGUAAUGUUGCAGAUGGUGGUCAAAUCUGUGUAUCAUCCGAUGUUAUUGCUGCCCUGCGUAACUUCCCUAGUAUGUUUGAUGAAGAUGCAGAGUGCGAUGAAACCUUGGAUGCUGAUGAAGGUUCUUUCCCUGUCAGUCGUGAUUUAUUGCAGCUCAAAAGACUAGGCUUUCAUGUGGUUGAGCUUGGUGAAGUGAGGCUUAAGGGUCUGGAAACCCCUGAAUCGCUCAGUUUGGUAUAUUCAAAGCAACUCUUGGGACGUAUCGAAGUUGAUAAGAGCCAAAUGAUGGCACCUGCAGCACAGCCAGCAAUAGAUGCAUCACUAUCUCCUAAACCAUCUACAGAUGAUACCACUUCUACUAUUCCUCCAACACCAGCACUUACCAGUAAUACCUUAUCCCCUUCUCCUGAUUAUUUGACCACUCGACCCACUGCUCGCAAAACGCUUCGAACGAUUGAUCCAAAUCUGGUGUGUGCAAUGAGUAACCUUGCUAUUCGUUUGGAACGGUUAACAUCUGGUCAUGUCUUAUCUCAAUCAAUGGCAGGAAGUUCUAUUCUCGGGCAUUAUACCUAUCAAAACUCAUCAGAAGAUAAUGUCCCUGUUGUUAGCGCUGCACAUUCAGGAUUAGGACAUAUGCUCGAUAAACAUAUUCGUGAAGAAGCAACAGAUGAAGAACUUAUGGUGAUGAUGGAGAACUGCGUAACAAGAGUAGAGAAUGCUACAUCUGCUCUCUAUUUACAGAAAAUGGGUCGAUUUGCAAAUGUGUUAGAGAAAUUAGGAGAGACGAUCGAAGUGGAUCCAAUGCAUAUCAUGAAGGCUUUACAAAUGUAUGCUGAAGUAGUAUCAAACCAUUCAUAAAAUACCCCCUUUUAUAUAUAUUUAUAUACAAGUAAUGAAAAUAUAAUAAUAAUAGUAAUAAAACAAUUUAUAUCUGUCUGUGUUUAUUUUAUAAGAUGGGAAUAUAGUUGUUGAUUCUCUCUUUCUGAUUCUGAGAGA